CACGAGCGCUCAGUCAAUCCCAGCCGUCAAAAGUCGAAUUUAAUCGACGGUAGAAACUUGCAGCCGGAAAACCCGUCCUAAAUUCCUCCUCUAUAAAAACAGACAGCGAAUCAGAAUUAAUCUAAUCGCCAUUUCCGAUCAACUCUGCAAUUCACACACUCAACCCAAAUCGUUCCAAUGGCUCGAACCAAGCAGACCGCCCGCAAGUCCACCGGAGGAAAGGCGCCGCGGAAGCAGCUGGCGACAAAGGCGGCGAGGAAGUCAGCGCCGGCGACGGGCGGAGUGAAGAAGCCGCACCGUUUCCGGCCGGGAACCGUGGCGCUGAGGGAGAUCCGGAAAUACCAGAAGUCCACGGAGCUUCUGAUCCGGAAGCUCCCGUUCCAGAGACUGGUGAGGGAGAUCGCCCAGGACUUCAAGACGGAUCUGAGGUUCCAGAGCAGCGCCGUGUCGGCGCUGCAGGAGGCGGCGGAGGCGUAUCUCGUCGGACUGUUCGAGGACACGAAUCUGUGCGCGAUUCACGCAAAGAGGGUCACCAUUAUGCCCAAGGACAUGCAGCUCGCCAGGAGGAUUCGCGGGGAGAGGGCUUAAUUUUCUCCUUUUCCUCGAAAUCAUUUACUGUUUUGCGUAAUUUCAUGAUCUGUAAAUCUUAGGGUGGAACUCUGCUUUUACCUGAUUGCCAAUGAAAUUUACCCUUCCUU